AGGUCAGGACAGGACAGGAACGAAAAGCAUCAGAGUGUUUUCAGAAGGAGACCGUUAUAUGAACAUUAUAUGUUUUUAUGCGCGACUCUUCAUUGAAACAUCGUUGAAUUAACAACAGAUUUACUUUUCCAAUGACAAUGGCGACUUUGCAUGAGAAGCAUUUUUGUUCAUCCAAUGUAUCUAUAAGCGCUGUGUUCUUUGAUCUGGACAAUACUCUCAUCGAAACUAGAAAGGGCGACAAUCAAACAUGUCGAAAGAUGGUACGAAAAUAGAAGCUUCUGUGUAAUACGAGCUGACUCCCUGAUAUAGUGCUUUCUCUCGGACGGUUAUUUUCGACCGAUCCUACUGCACUGUCCAGACGCUCAACAGAACGUAGAAAAAGCGUGUAAGCACGUUACUGAAGAUAUUCACGAUUCACGAUCUUAAGAUACCAGUUAAUUGUACUAUUACAUUCACAUGCUAUAUCAUGUGGAGAAGGUUAUGGUAGAAGGGUAGAAUUAUGUGUACAUUCAAAAUUCUUUUCCAAUGAAAUUCUGUAAAAUGUGGUUAUUCUAAACAGCUUUUUAUGUUAUUUUCUUUAAUACAAAACUUAACAUAAGCAGUUAAUAUAUCAUAUUUCUACAGUAAAAUAAAACAAUUCUUUGAACGACGCUGCUAACCUUGUGUUGAAAAUAAUUCAUAUUUUAAUGUUAAUGUACACAUGUUUGUGGAAUUAAUGUUUGUGAUAGUACAACUUUAUUUUUGUCUGACUAAGUGAGUGUGUCAAAGGGCAAGGCUAGUUUUAAGGGGCUUGAUCUGGGAGUACUGCCAGUUGGCUUUUAGCUGUGACAUGUGAAAGAUGCAAAUCUCAGUGAAUCUUUGUUAAAUACUACUGAGUAAAUAUCAAAAUUCUGGAAUUGUUUGUGAAUUGCAUCUAGAAGUUUGUCAUCGUACAAGAAAAAAUAAAAGUAGAAAAAUACUUGUAGAUUAUAAAAAUAGAUAUAUUUUUUUUUAAAUUAUAACAACAUAAACUACAGCCAUGAGUAUUUCAAAGAACGUGAAAAAAUAUGAAACUAUUUUGAAGUCUGUUGAAACUGAUUCAGAAAAAUUUGCUGCAUUGUUUAUGAUAACAAAAUUGGUGGAUAGCAAAGAUUGUACAGUAGCAGAAAAAAAAGUGUUAUUUGAAGCUAUUGGAAAAAAAUUUCUAGCAAAAUUAUUAUCUACACAAGUAGUUCCUGUGGAUUGUCCUCCACAAGUAUAUAAGUCUGUAGCAUUGUCUAUACUUUCUGCAUUCUGUGGAGAAUCAGAAUUAGCUUCUCAUCCUGAUAUGAUUACUCAUAUACCUGCAUUACUUGAAAUUAUAUCGCAAGCUGAUGAAGACGCAGAUGAUAAUAUGUUAAUUAUUGUUAGUGAAGCAUAUACCUGUUUGCAAAAUAUUGCACAAUAUUCUCCUGGACAACAAGUUUUACUUGAACAGAAAGCAAUUACAAAAAUGUGUGAUAUUUAUUCAGAAAAAAGCUUUCAGACUGACCAGGCUUUGAACAUUUUAGUUACUUUAGUUCAGAGAUUUGGUCCAGAAGCAUGGGAUGCAACAGAUACUGCACCUUUCCAUGUUAUUAUAAACAAGAUUUCAUUAGAUUUUGAAACAGAUCAUACAGAAAGAAAAUUUCAGUUAUGUACAAUUUUGCAAGCCUUACUAAUGUCCUGCAGAAAAAACAUAAUUAGUGAAACUGCUAAAGAAGAAUCUUGGCCUUCUAGCAUUCACAAGGCUUUAUCUGAUAUUCUUGGAUCAAAGAUAGGCAAAAACCAACGUGAUCCAGCAUUAAAACUUGCUUCUGUCAUGCUAGAUUUAUUGGGAACAGAAUGGACUUUAUUAGAUAAAGAAAAACCAAAAGUAUUUUUAUUAUUAUUGAUUCAAUUGGCAUCUAUAGAAGUUAGAAUGCAAGUGGAAGGAAAACAAUUAAAAACUAUAAUGGCAAAUGCAGACUUAGUUACAUCUUGCUUUAUUAUUAUUGAAAUUUCUCUUGGAUAUAUUACUAAUGAUCAGUUGGACCUAGACCAAAAAGAAAAACAGUCAUUAUAUACUGUUUUAAAGGGAGCCUUUGCUGCAAUUAUAGGUUUACUUACAGCAGUAUCUAAGAUGAAAGAAAUAACAGAUGUCAAAGAAAAAAUAUUUAUUUGUGCUGUGGUAAGAGUAUUAGCCGCAUGGCUUGCUCAGGAAACAACAGCUAUGCGUUCUCAAGUUUAUGCAGUUUUACCAUAUGUAUUAACAGUAGCCAAUGACACAUUUUACGCACACAGAAAUAGAAAAUUGUCAGAGAAGGCUAAAGCAAAUGCUAAAAUUAAAAGUGAUGAAGCAACAUCAUCUGGAGAACUAGUUACUCAUGAUCCUCUAAGUGAAAUUGAUUUAUUGAGGCUUUUAUUACCAGCAUUGUGUUAUUUAGCUGUAGAGGAAGACGCUAGAAAAAUUUUAAUUAAACACAAACAAGAGGAAAUCCUGUUCGAAUGUUUAUCUUACCAUUGGACAAUUGUUCAUCAUAAAAAGCCACCAAUACCAAAAUCAGAAAGAUUAAAAGCAUUGAAAGAACCAGAAAAAGAAGAAGAUUUAGACCUUCAUGUAUCAGAAGCGAUCAAAGAUUCAAGGGUGGCCAUGGUCUCUGUGUGCAAUGUUUUAAUGAACAUUACUGUAUUAGAAGCAAAAUUAGUGGAAGAAUCACCAACAUUUGUUUCUUUAUUAAAAUUUAUUUUCAAUAAUCUCCCAGAACUGAAACAAAUUCCUGAAAAUCUAGUAUUGCAUGGUCAUCUUGCAGUUUUGGGAUUGCUGUUAUUGAAGCAACAGGCAACACGUGUCAAGAAAAAUGAUUUUUCUAUAUGUCGAUAUAUUCAGGCUACUAUAAGAUUUUUGUGGGAUGCAUAUAUAAUUGAUGAAAGCAAUGAUCCCACUGAACUUGUUGUUGCUAUGUCAUAUAAAGAGCGAUGGAUGGAACUUAUGGAACUAUGGUUUCUUGGAAUGCAAACAAUGGCUGGGGUGUUACAAGUUAUACCUUGGCUUUCACAAUUUACUCUUGAGUCAGGUUGGGCAGAAGAAAUUAUUGAGAUUCUCAAGAAAAUAAAAAUAGGAAGUCUUCAGCCAAAUGUAAAGUUUGCUUUUGAAGAUCUUUUGUGCCACUUAGUUAAAGCAGAUGAAAAUGUUGCUUCUGUUUUGAAGAAAUGUGGGGCUUUAACAGUAUGCAGAAAUCAUCGUAUGAUGGAGCUGGGAAAACAUCUUUUUGGAGAUUAAAAACAAUCCAAAAAUUUAUAUCGAUAUUUUAUUAUCAUGUUUUAAAUGAAAGUACUAUAUAUCUGUACAUUGAUAGAAUAGCCAAGAUACUUAAUCCAUUCUUAUGUUGUUAAGUAAUAUGUUUGUUUUUGUAUACGUAUUACACAUGUUUCCUUUUUUAUAUUACGCUAUAUUGCAUAUGAAAGAAACUAUUAAUAAUUCUUAUUUCAUCAAAAUAACAUUCAUAUUUUGAGUUAGUGAUUCAGUUUAGCUAAAAUUUUGUAAACCUGUUUACAAUCACAGAUCAGAUAUAAAUGUAAUCAUGUCUGAAAAUAGAUUUCUGGCAAGCAAAAGAGCUACCAAAUGUUUCUAUGAGUUAAAUAGAUUUAGAAAUUUAAAUAUUGAAAUAUAUAUUAGGAAAAACUAUUUUUACAUUUUAUAUUAAUUUAUAAAAUAUUAGAAAAUUUGUACAAGUUAAAUUUGGAAUUAAUACAGUUUGUGAAUGUAUAUAUGAAAAACUGCUUAUGUAUAACAAAUGGCUUUGUAAAAUAAUAAAUGGUCUUUCUACUAAAGAAA